AUGACAGAACAGUCUGGCCAAACUGUAGACCCAGCAGAUGUAACAGUUCUCCGCACAGCGAUCACGGGCCAGGGCGCUCCGGGGCAGUUUGCCAAUGACUACGUUUUCGAUCAUCCUCUUAGGGAGGAUGAGAUUGCUCGUCGGCUUUUUGCGCUCUGCCAGGGAGAUAAGUCUGUGGCGGAGUUUUCCAUUGACUUCUGCGUUUUGGCCGCUGAGUCCGGGUGUGACACAAAACCCCUCAAGGGAGCAUUUUACCAAGCCUUGGCCAGUCCCAUUAAGGAUGAAUUGGCUACUCGCGAUGAGCCCACCCCUUUAGAGGAUCUAAUCGCACUCGCGAUGAGAAUAGACAACCACUUGUGGGAACGUGCUCGUGAACGCGGCAACAAAACACGACCACCACGCUCCCGGGUUUCCCUGUCUCACUCGCCCUGUGCUACCACCUCCAGUUCCGCUGUGGAGGGGAUGCCACUCCUCCUGGAGGAACCAGCUGGGGAACCCAUGCAGCUGGGUCGGGCCAAAUUAACCCCAGAGGAACGUCAACGCAGUUCCUGCAGCAAGCCGACACUUCACUGGUCCAAAGCUGUGCCCCUGAACAUUGUGCUUUCAUGCAUCCCUCUGAUCACUGUUGUACUCAAUCUGCUGGUCAUCAUCUCAGUCUCUUACUUCAGGCAGCUCCACACACCCAGUAACAUCCUCCUCCUCUCUCUGGCUGUCUCAGACUUUUUUGUGGGUCUCCUGUUGAUGCCAUUAGAAAUCUUUAGAAACACAACCUGUUGGGUACUUGGUGAUCUUAUGUGUUCUGUUUAUUGGUAUCUGUUCGGCAUUCUUACCUAUGCGUCAAUAGUUAACAUAGUUCUCAUAUCAGUUGACCGCUAUGUGGCUAUUUGUGACCCUCUGCAUUACCCCACCAGAAUCACUGUGGGCAGAGUCAAACUCAUUGUUUGUCUGUGUUGGCUCUUUUCUAUUUUCUACAUUAUUUUUUAUGCGAAAGAUAUCCUGAUUGAACCAGGCAGGUAUAAUUCCUGUUAUGGAGAGUGUGUGUUUGUCAUCAACAAUAUUGCUGGUAUGGCUGACCUUGUUUUAGCCUUUAUUAUUCCAAUUACUGUCAUCAUAGUUCUGUAUAUGAGAGUGUUUGUGGUGGCUGUGUCUCAGGCUCGUGCCAUGCGCUCUCAUGUUACAGCUGUCACACUUCAGCCUUCACUGAAUCAAACAAACAGAUCUGAGCUGAAAGCAGCCAGGACUCUUGGGGUUCUUGUAGUUGUGUUUCUGGCAAGCUACUGUCCGUUUUACUGCUACUUUCUUGUUGAAGAAAGUGUGGUCAGUUUUUCACCUACAUUUCUUGUGCUCAUGUUCUUUUAUUUUAAUUCAUGUCUAAACCCUCUGAUCUACACUCUGUUUUACCCCUGGUUUAGAAAUGCUGCUAAACUUAUCAUCACUCUGCAGGUAUUCAAGUAUGACAUCAGUGAGGCAAACAUACUGUAG